GCAGGAUAAUCCAUAUAUUUACUGGAUUUGAUAAAAAAAUAUCAUUUCUUUGGUUUUAAAAGGGAAGUAUAAGAUCCCCAGCUGAAGACUACUAUCUUUAUUUUCAUUCGUUAACUAAUAUCCAGCUGAUUUCUGACAGGAUUUUUUUUCAUCUCUGUUUUCCCCAGGAUCCUGGAUUCAUCAUGAGCGGGAAGAUGUGGACAUUUCUCGCCGCCAUUUUAUUCUUGACAGCAUCAGGAUCCCAUGCGUUUUUGCACGAGGGAGGGCGGUGUAUGAUGUAUAGCGAAUGCGGGGGAAAUCCUGAUACAGAUUUAAGAUCAGAUCUAAAUUGCUUGGACAAUGAAGGAGCCCGGUCUACUGGAUCAGCAGCAGCCAAUGGUCUUCUAAGGGAUAUGUGUCCAGAUUACAACCCUGAUGAAGUCUGCUGUGAUCUUAACCAACUUAGAACCAUGCAGCCUUUAUUGACUGCACUGCGGCCUGCAUUCGGUCGUUGUCCAGCCUGUCUAGAAAACAUUGAGACGAUGAUGUGUCAGCUGGUUUGUAGUCCUCAGCAGAGUCUCUAUACCAAUGCUACAGUCCUUCUGGUAAGCGAUGAUGGAGUCGGCGUUCGUCGCUUCGAUGCCUUCGUCGCACAGGAGUUCGCUGACAUCGCCUAUGAUUCAUGUAAGGAUGUUAAGUUCCCACGUUCCAAUACACCUGUGAUGGAUGUAAUAUGUGGCGGGUAUCUCGGUGACGAUUGCUCCCCUCAGAGGUGGUUUGACUUCCUUGGUGAUACAGCUAAUGGAUUCAUUCCUUGGAAUAUUGACUUCAAACUUGUACCAACAGGAGAAACAGUCGAAGGCAUGGACAAAAGCAUGGAGCCCAUGAACCCUACCUCGUUCUACUGUAACGCACCUGUUGGCAAUCAAGGCAGCUGUAGUUGUCAAGACUGUGAACUCUCCUGCUCGGCCUUACCAACCAUCGGACCAGCGUAUUUGCACGAGGAAGGGAGGUGUAUGAUGUUCAGCGAAUGCGGGGGAAAUCCUGAUACAAAUUUUAGAACAGAUCUAAAUUGCUUGGACAAUGAAGUAGCCCGGCCUACUGGAUCAGCAGCAGCCAAUCGUCUUCUAAGUGAUAUGUGUCCAGAUUACAACCCUGAUGAAGUCUGCUGUGAUCUUCAACAACUUAGAACCAUGCAGCCUUUAUUGACUGCACUGCGGCCUGCAUUCGGUCGUUGUCCAGCCUGUCUAGAAAACGUUUUGACGAUGAUGUGUCAGAUGGUUUGUAGUCCUCAGCAGAGUCUCUAUUCCAAUGCUACAGUCCUCCUGGUUAGCGAUGAUGGAGUCGGCGUCCGUCGCUUCGAUGCCUUCGUCGCACAGGAGUUCGCUGACGUCGCCUAUGAUUCAUGUAAGGAUGUUCAGUUCCCAGCUGCUAAUACAACUUUGAUGGAUGUAAUGUGUGGCGGGUAUCUCGGAGACGAUUGCUCCCCUCAAAGGUGGCUAGACUUCUUUGGUGAUAUAGCUAAUGGAUUCAUUCCUUGGAAUAUUGACUUCACAGUUGUACCAACAGGAGAAACAGUCGAAGGCAUGAACGAAAGCAUGGAGCCCAUAAACCCUACCUCGUUCUACUGUAACGCACCUGUUGGCAAUCAAGGCAGCUGUAGUUGUCAAGACUGUGAACUCUCCUGCUCGGCCUUACCAACCAUCGGACCAGCGUAUUUGCACGAGGAAGGGAGGUGUAUGAUGUUCAGCGAAUGCGGGGAAAAUCCUGAUACUACUAAUAGAACAGACCUGAAUUGCUUGGACAAUGGAGGAGCCCGGCCUACUGGAUCAGCAGCAGCCAUUGGUCUUCUAAGUGAUAUGUGUCCAGAUUACAACCCUGAUGAAGUCUGCUGUGAUCUUAACCAACUUAGAACCAUGCGGCCUUUAUUGAUUGCAAUCCGGCCUGCAUUCGGUCGUUGUCCAGCUUGUCUAGAAAACAUUGAGACUUUGAUGUGUCAGCUGGUUUGUAGUCCUCAGCAGAGUCUCUAUACCAAUGCUACAGUCCUCCUGGUUAGCGAUGAUGGAGUCGGCGUUCGUCGCUUCGAUGCCUUCGUCGCACAGGAGUUCGCUGACAUCGCCUAUGAUUCAUGUAAGGAUGUUAAGUUCCCCCAUUGCAAUACACCUGUGAUGGAUGUAAUGUGUGGCGGGUAUCUCGGUGACGAUUGCUCCCCUCAGAGGUGGUUUGACUUCCUUGGUGAUACAGCUAAUGGAUUCAUUCCUUGGAAUAUUGACUUCAAAGUUGUACCAACAGGAGAAACAAUCGAAGGCAUGGACAAAAGCAUGGAGCCCAUGAACCCUACCUCGUUCUACUGUAACGCACCUGUUGGCAAUCAAGGCAGCUGCAGUUGUCAAGACUGUGAACUCUCCUGCUCGGCCUUACCAACCAUCGGACCAGCGUAUUUGCACGAGGAAGGGAGGUGUAUGAUGUUCAGCGAAUGCGGGGAAAAUCCUGAUACUACUAAUAGAACAGACCUGAAUUGCUUGGACAAUGGAGGAGCCCGGCCUACUGGAUCAGCAGCAGCCAUUGGUCUUCUAAGUGAUAUGUGUCCAGAUUACAACCCUGAUGAAGUCUGUUGUGAUCUUAACCAACUUAGAACCAUGCGGCCUUUAUUGAUUGCAAUCCGGCCUGCAUUCGGUCGUUGUCCAGCUUGUCUAGAAAACAUUGAGACUUUGAUGUGUCAGCUGGUUUGUAGUCCUCAGCAGAGUCUCUAUACCAAUGCUACAGUCCUCCUGGUUAGCGAUGAUGGAGUCGGCGUUCGUCGCUUCGAUGCCUUCGUCGCACAGGAGUUCGCUGACAUCGCCUAUGAUUCAUGUAAGGAUGUUAAGUUCCCCCAUUGCAAUACACCUGUGAUGGAUGUAAUGUGUGGCGGGUAUCUCGGUGACGAUUGCUCCCCUCAGAGGUGGUUUGACUUCCUUGGUGAUACAGCUAAUGGAUUCAUUCCUUGGAAUAUUGACUUCAAAGUUGUACCAACAGGAGAAACAAUCGAAGGCAUGGACAAAAGCAUGGAGCCCAUGAACCCUACCUCGUUCUACUGUAACGCACCUGUUGGCAAUCAAGGCAGCUGCAGUUGUCAAGACUGUGAACUCUCCUGCUCGGCCUUACCAACCAUCGGACCAGCGUUUUUGCACGAGGAAGGGCGGUGUAUGAUGUAUAGCGAAUGCGGGGGAAAUCCUGAUACAAAUUUAAGAUCAGAUCUAAAUUGCUUGGACAAUGAAGGAGCCCGGUCUACUGGAUCAGCAGCAGCCAAUCGUCUUCUAAGUGAUAUGUGUCCAGAUUACAACCCUGAUGAAGUCUGCUGUGAUCUUAACCAACUUAGAACCAUGCAGCCUUUAUUGACUGCACUGCGGCCUGCAUUCGGUCGUUGUCCAGCCUGUCUAGAAAACAUUGAGACGAUGAUGUGUCAGCUGGUUUGUAGUCCUCAGCAGAGUCUCUAUACCAAUGCUACAGUCCUUCUGGUAAGCGAUGAUGGAGUCGGCGUUCGUCGCUUCGAUGCCUUCGUCGCACAGGAGUUCGCUGACAUCGCCUAUGAUUCAUGUAAGGAUGUUAAGUUCCCCCAUUGCAAUACACCUGUGAUGGAUGUAAUAUGUGGCGGGUAUCUCGGUGACGAUUGCUCCCCUCAGAGGUGGCUUGACUUCUUUGGUGAUACAGCUAAUGGAUUCAUUCCUUGGAAUAUUGACUUCAAAGUUGUACCAACAGGAGAAACAAUCGAAGGCAUGGACAAAAGCAUGGAGCCCAUGAACCCUACCUCGUUCUACUGUAACGCACCUGUUGGCAAUCAAAGCAGCUGUAGUUGUCAAGACUGUGAACUCUCCUGCUCGGCCUAACCAACCAUCGGACCAGUUGCACCUACUUAAAACUUUGGAUAUGAUGAAUUCCUUUCCAUUAAACAAGGACUAGUUAUUCUCUAUUUGGAGAAGAAGAAAAAAAACUCAUAAUUUGAUUACUAAAUGUUUUCAAACUGUUAUUGGCAUCCACGAUGGGAAGGAUAUGUAAUAUGUGUGUAUUGGUUUCAAUUUCAUAUCGAUUGUAAUGGUUUUGUUUUACUUUGCAUUAUAUGGUUGCCAAUGUGAGGGGAUAUGAGAAAGGUUCUUUCUUGGUUACGGUGCUUGGUAUUCUUUGAAUUCUUUCUAUCUAUCUAGGUAUUUUCUCCCGGUUCCGAGGUUGAUUGCAACAUCUCUUCAAUUCACUUUUUUUUUCUGCCAUUAUGGUGCACUCGUGCAGUUUUAGUCCACUCCCGUUCUUGACACCCUCUUCCCAGUUGAUUCUGUCUCCCUCUCGGUCUAGUUCCUUCCAAUCUCCCCUCCAAUACACCCUUUAAGAGGCUUUGGUGCCUUUUAAGAUGACCAAAGUCUUUGAUUUUUCUCUCCUUAACUAAUCCUAUUAGUGUAAUUUGUUUACGCCCUGCCAUGUGCAAUAUCUCUUUGUUGGUUUUCAUUCGUUUCAAGGAUAUUUUCCUCAUUCUUAUGUAAAUCCACAUUUCAAUAGAUGUUAUUCUAUUUUCCAUAGCCUUGCUUAUUAUCCAUGUUUCUGUUCCAUACAAUAGGACAGACCAUACAUAACAGUUUACUAGUCUCAACCUAAGCGCAACUUUCACCUUUCUAUCUGUGAAUAAGACUUUCAUUGCCAGAAAUGUAUUCCGAGCAAUUUCUAUUCUUCUUUUUAUUUCUGCUUCGCAUCUGGCAUCAUCUGUGAUAUGGAUUGUCCUAAGUAGAUGUAAUUACUGACCUGCUCAAUGAUAUGUCCAUCGAGUUUCAAACAGAUUCUAGGCUUAUUCUCUGUUCUACUAAAAAUCAUGGACUUAGUUUUCUUGA